CUGAAGGUUGCAGGAUUUGGUGUAAUUAGGUUGUCAAUAAUUUCACCCGACAAAGCAAAACUAGUGCAGCCUGGGGCAAUUGAUUGCUUGAGUUUGCAUGUGGCACCUGAGGUUUAUAAAGAUGAAAUAUUUGACAGAAGCGUUGAUGUAUACUCUUUCGGUCUUAUUCUGUAUGAGAUGAUGGAGGGAAUUCAACCACUUCACCCCAAGUCUCCAGAAGAUGCUGCUAAACUGAUGUGUUCAGAAGGAAAGAGACCAACAUUCAAGGCAAAAUCUAAAAAUUGCCCCCCAGAACUAAAAGA